AUUGUAACAGGGAAGAAGGAAACUGUCCUAAAGAAUGGCACUUUAGUCGCUAUUGUUACAUUUUUGCGCUGAGUCUGUUACACCUCUUUAAGUUUAGCCUGCUAUUUAAUCCUGCUAUUUUUGUUUUGUUAAGAAAAGAGCAUAUAAAGAGAGCACACACUACAGUCCCUGAACACAGUGACAAGAUGAGCCUUCCCCUCUCACGCUCUGAAGUGUUUGGGCAGCUGAGGAAAGAACUACACGAUGAUGCAGAAUUUCACCAGUCUGACGUUCAUAUCUUCAUCAUCAUGGGGGCUUCAGGAGAUCUGGCCAGAAAGAAAAUCUACCCAACUUUGUGGUGGCUGUUCAGAGACGGUCUUCUUCCUGAACAGACAUAUUUUGUGGGUUUUGCGCGUUCUGAUCUGAACGUGGAUGCCAUUCGCGCAGCCUGCAUGCCCUACAUGAAGGUGGCAGACUCUGAGGCGGAGCGGCUCACUGCGUUCUUCAGCAGAAACUCUUACAUCAGCGGGAAGUACGUGGAUGAAUCCUCUUUCGCUAGCCUGAACACUCACCUGCUGUCUCUGCCUGGAGGAGCUGAGGCCAACCGGCUCUUCUACCUCGCCCUGCCGCCCAGCGUCUACCACGACGUCACCAAGAACAUCAAGCAUCAGUGCAUGAGCAGCAAAGGCUGGAACAGGAUAAUCGUGGAGAAGCCUUUUGGCCGUGACCUGCAGAGCUCAGAGGAGUUAACCAGUCAUCUCUCUUCUCUCUUCACGGAGGACCAGAUUUACCGUAUAGACCAUUAUCUAGGCAAAGAGAUGGUCCAGAACCUCAUGGUUCUCAGGUUUGGAAAUCGGAUAUUUGGUCCCAUUUGGAACCGGGACAGUGUGGCGUGUGUGGUUCUGACUUUCAAAGAGCCGUUUGGUACCCAGGGCCGGGGAGGAUAUUUUGACGAUUUUGGUAUCAUUCGUGAUGUGAUGCAGAACCACCUGCUGCAGAUGCUUUCUCUGGUUGCCAUGGAGAAACCUGCAUCCACCAGCUCUGAUGAUGUUAGAGAUGAGAAGGUGAAGGUGCUGAAGUGCAUUGAGCCGGUCUCUCUCUCCGAUGUGGUCUUGGGUCAGUAUGUUGGAGAUCCAGAUGGAGAAGGAGAGGCUAAACUGGGUUAUCUAGAUGACAAAACUGUCCCUGAAGGCUCCACUCAGGCUACAUUUGCCACAGCAGUGCUUUAUGUAAAGAACGAACGCUGGGAUGGCGUUCCCUUCAUCCUCAGGUGCGGAAAGGCUCUGAAUGAGAGGAAGGCAGAGGUGAGGCUGCAGUUCACAGACGUUCCUGGAGACAUCUUUAGCUCUCAGUGCAGGAGGAAUGAGUUGGUGGUGCGUGUGCAGCCCAACGAGGCCAUCUACGCCAAGAUGAUGAGCAAGAAACCUGGAGUCUAUUUCAGCCCUGAGGAGACAGAGCUGGACCUGACCUACCACAGCAGAUACAGAGACGUUAAGCUGCCCGAUGCCUAUGAACGUCUGAUUCUGGACGUCUUCUGUGGCAGUCAAAUGCAUUUUGUACGAAGUGAUGAGUUGAGGGAAGCCUGGAGAAUCUUCACUCCUCUUCUUCAUCAGAUAGAGAAGCAGAAGACUCCACCCAUCAAAUACAAAUACGGAAGCCGUGGUCCCGCAGAGGCUGAUGAGCUGGUACAGAAGGUGGGCUUCCGCUACGAGGGGACAUACAAAUGGGUGAACCCACACAAACCGUGAAAGAAGAUGAGGACAGAAACGAGGAGCUGAAGCCUGUCUAAAAAAAAUCAGCCCAAGAUGAGUGCCUGAAAUAAAAGAGAAAAGGGCACUUGAGUAUAUAAAGAUGCUCUCUGUUUGUACUGCAUUUAAAGACGGACCAGCAAGAUUAGAAAACACUUUUUUUUUGGAUGUUAUUAAUUAUAACCAGCUCAUUAUUAUAUAUAAUACUUUAUAGAACAUUUCUCAUAUUAUUUCAUUCUAGAUUUCACUGGACUUAACAUUUACAAUUUUUAGUUAUGCACUUUUGCAUCAUUUUGUCAUUCCCUUUGUUCUUUAUUCUUAAAGAAAAACAAAGCUUCUGUUAUGCAUUCCUCUUUCUACAAGCAAAAGUCUUAUCAUUGAAUGCUGCUCACAUUUCAGAAAGCUGCUAUAAAAGUUCAAUCUGCUCCUGCAGUGAUAGUUGUGUUCAUACAUUUUGUUGCAUUUGUUUUUUGUAGCAAGCUUAUUGAAGUGCUAUAAUUGGACCACACAAAAGACAGAUUCCAGAAACAUUCAGGUAUUAGGAAUGCAUGCAUGUAUAUGACAUUUCACCGUAUCUUAAGGUUCCCACCGAUUGGCUAAAUGAGCCACAAAUAUGUCUAGUCUUAUUAAAACAGAUGUAUUACAUUCCACAUCUCUCUGUAAAUAAUUUAAUGGAUGAGAUGUAAUGUUUGUUGUUACAGCACUCUCAUAAUGUGAACCUAAUUUGGGCAUGGUCUCUUUCUGCUCACUGGUGCUUUAGGUUUUCAUUACUAGAUGGACGUUUAACAGUGUUUUGACAACACUGAAUUUAAAACAACCAAGUUAUUUAUCAGCAGAUUUUGGGAUGUACUGCUUGUCUGGCUUUUGCGAUGGAUUUUUAAUUUCUGGUUUAAUCCAUUUUUUUUUAUGCUUCAACAUCUGUGAGCUAUUUAACUUUUCUGUAAAAGUUCUGCCCAGUGUUUUCUGUUUUAUUAUAAUAGACAACUACUUUUACAAUAAAGCAUAGUUAAGAUGCCUCA